UCUUGUUAUGUUACAGUGAGUACGAGUAGUGCAUAUUCGUCAUCAAUACUUUAUUAGUAACUAAUAACUAUACAAAUGAUUUACAUGUGCUUAUUUAUCAUCAUCGGUAUCGUUUUUAUUACCAUGACACAUAUUAGUCGAUAAAUACAAAUAGGUAUCAUGUAGUGCAUAAGGAAGAGCUAUCACACAAGUAAGAAAACAUCAUGAGUGACGUCCAUUUAGAAGACUUAUUCUACGAGUGUGAUCGGAAUGGCCAAGGGAAAAUUGGUCCGGAAGAAUUUCAAGAAUUAUGCGCCAAAUUUGAUAUCGGACCCAGCGAUUCAGAUGUGAUAUUUUCAGACUUAGAUCGUGACGGUGACGGACAAAUAUGCUUGGAGGACUUUGCGUGGGGGUUUCGUGAUUUUUUAUCUCCUGGUAAACAAGACAAACCCACUGAAAAUAGGCCUCAUGGAGCAUUGGAAAGAAAAAACUCACAAGCCUGGUCGAAUUUUGUAUCUGUUAUUGGAGAGCCAGCUUUAAAGAAAUUAUUUCAUACGAGUGGGAAAAAAUUAGCAGAUUUGUAYAUGGAGAUUCAAAACUGUAGUCCAUCAUCAGAACUUAUAACACAUUUUGAGGGAGCUUUAAGUUCAUUAAUGGAAGAUGUAAAGCGAUUACAUGAAGAUAAUGAAAAACUUGAAAACAUGUUUAAUCGUGAGCGUCAAACACAUCUAACAAGAUUGCGAGGUUUAGAAGAAGAAAUAGAUGCACAAGUCGCAAAAGUUGAAGCUCAAGCCAGAGAUGAAGCAAGAAAACAAUUUGAAUUUGAAAAAAAAGAAUUGAUGAAAAAAAUGGAAACCGAAACAAUAGAGUUAAAAACACAUUUGAAAUUGUUUCAAAAGGUGAAUACCGUACUAAGCCAAAAAAAAGUUGAUAAGAACGAUAUG